AUGUCCACAUUCAAGCCAGAUCGUGCCCUUUUGAAUCCAAAGUUUGACGGUUACAAACUUGCGCCACUAUCUCAAGAGGAGGCUGUAUCACGGUUCCCUCUCCCAUUCAAACUCUCGCAGACGAACGUCUCCGGCCGCUCCUAUGUCACCUUCCAAGAGGUCCAAAGCAGGAUAUCACACAACCAUCUCGCACUCUCGCCAGAUGGAACUGCGGUCUACGUUGACGGCGACUUGAGAGUUGUCUGCGUCCGCUUGGAUGAGGCUACUCUCGUGCCUUCAUUCCAUCCCGUAUGCGAGUUACCUAAAUCAGUCGAGUCUCCGGAGACACAGUCUUUGCAGAGGGAGUAUCCAUCUGCCGCAUUCCUGGAUUCGUCAUCCCUCUUUGUCGCCGACGGCCACGGGCUCUUAUAUGCUCUGCGAAUUGUCAGUUCCGCACCCGCAGAGAUUUCAGGCACUUUCAAGUUGUCGAUACCAGCCAUUUACGGAUCAUCGCAGGCUGUGGUGCCCUUCAGAAUUCACCAGGCAGCAUUACCAACGCCACAGAAAGCGAUCUUAAUCUUGUCGUCGAAAUAUUAUCCACAAGAUACGAAUGCAGAUCAACUCAAUGGCUCCUCUCGGGGGCAUAUGAAAGCGGCAGCCGAGUUUGACAUUUGGGCUGUCCAGUUCGACCUCCCGCUUCCGUCUUCGUCCAAUACGCCUCUCGCCUUGGACAUCCUAUGGCAUCGCCGUGGACAAGACGUUCCUGUGUAUACUACCUUUGACGCGGUUAGAGAGUCUUUCAUGCUUGUAGGCGGUUCAUCAUACCGCCCGAUUGGCGUUGUUGCCGCGCCUUUGUAUGAGCCGUCUCCUGACGAGAUCGCGCCAAUUCCCAGAGCCGGGGAAAAUCUCGAUGCCGCUCAGUCACAGAAGCCUCCACCCUACUCAUGGACGCAGACGACCGACUCUGUUACGGUGGCAAUUCCCCUGCCGUCAUCGACCCAAAAGGAGAACAUCAGGGCGUCAUUCUCGCCGCACACGCUGACGCUCUUCGUCCGCGGAGACCCCUCCCUCAGUGAUCGUGAGUCGGACAACCUCACACACGUGAAACUUCCGAGGUAUGAUAUGAAAACACUGUGGGAUGGUAUCCAGCCGAGCACGAGCUUCUGGACAUGGGAUCGCGAGGCAGAGCACCGGUACGGCGUGCUCACGCUGCACCUCGACAAGGCGCACGAGGGCACGCGUUGGGCGCAGGUCUUCGCCGCUGCUGGAACGCGCCCGGCCGCGUCCAGCGUCGAGAACACAUCAGAUGAGGAUAUAGAAGUCUCGGAGACGCUCGACCCGUCCGAGCUGUGGGCGAUCCGCGAGUCUCUGGAGAAGUACACGGCUGCCCUGCGCGACGGGACGGACACGAGUGGGCUGGGGCUCGGCAGCGGUGUCCCUAGUCUCGGGAAGGACGAGAUGGACGAUGAGGUGGAUUUAGGCGUCGGCCGUACUGUGUAUCUCACCUGGGUUCGCAUGGACGGCUCGCGUCCGCUAUACGAUCAUAGCGACGAUGCUCCUGUCCACCUGCUGUCGACACCAUUCCCAGGCGUAGAUUGGAAGGGGCCGCCCGCGCUGGUGGUGAAGAAUGGGCUUGAUGGCGUGUUGUACGAACUGUGUCCGGGGAGCAAUGCAGACGACGCCCCAGCAUGGGCGCACACGUCAACCUAUUCCGCUCUUUCCUUCGUCCUUGCGUCGAAGCGCGAUACACGAUUCACACAUCACGUUUCGUCGCACGCCGUAUUCGCGUUUGAAAGUGGAUCACUCGAUCUCGGUGGGAACGUAUACAUCUAUCGUGGUAUCGCACCUCAAGAGAAAUGGGCGAAACAGGCUGUGUUAAAAGUUGGCGGCGGAUCAGCUGGUUCGUUGUUAGGCAUCGGCCUUCAACAAAUGUCCGAAAGUAAGACUGCUAUCCUCUGCCUCUGUGAAGGAGAGAUGAUCGUGCUGCAUGAUGUCCUAUGA